CUGCCGUCACCUCGUCCGCGCGCGGCAAACGGUUCCGCGUCGUCGUGCCGUCCGCUUCUGCGAACGCACGUUGGAUUUUUUGAAAAUUUUUUACUAGUAAUUAUUUUCACGCGCACACUACACUACACGAUUAUUGCGCACAGCGCACACUCCAAAUCAUAUUUUGGUACUCUGAGACAAUACUAUAGCCGAUAAGUGUUCUUUUUUUGACCAUUGACCACUGCAGUCGUACAAUAUUGUACCGUUCACACGACGUAUACACUUAACUAUAUACACGUAAUAGGUGUAUAUUAAAAAUCAAAAAGUCAAUCGAAAUACAUUGAAAUAAUGUUGAUGAUGAACGAUCUGGGAUCGAUGGCUGCCGGUAUGAUGCCGUUUGACCCGAUGUGCGGCAGCCUCUACGAGCAACAGCCGCCCAAGCCUCGCUUCAUAUUCAAGAUGCCGCGCGUCGUGCCCGACCAGAAGAACAAAUUUGAAACCGACGAACUUUUCAGGCGUUUGAGUCGUGAGAGUGACGUUCGAUACACCGGUUACAGAGACAGACCACACGAAGAACGCCAAAGUAGAUUUCAAAUCGGAUGCCGUGAAGGUCAUGUAGACAUUGCAUUCACUGCGACUGGAACCAAUUUGCAAUUAAUGUUUACUCCAAGUAUGCCAAUUCCUCCAUACCAUCAAUCUACCAAUGGUACUUGUAAUUUCGAAAAAGAACGGGGAAUGGUUCACAUACUGUCGCAUUUCAUAAUGAAUGGAGUGUGCGUCCGGUGGAAAGGACGCAUCGACUUGGACAAAUUGGACGGCAUCGGUUGUCUGGAGUUUGACGAAGAACGAGCAAUGAUCGAGAACAGGAUGUUGCAAGAGCAAAUCGAGAGAUACAACGAUCGUAUCAGAGAAUAUCAGGACAAACCUCGUGCCUACAGACACCAAGAGCGCGGUGUUACCGAUUCGGAUUUAGACGUGAAAAGAAGAUUGAACUAUUAAAUCAUUAGAUACCUACAUACAGAUACGACAUACGUGCAUAUACGUAUACACAAUAUACAUCAACAUAAUAUUGUAGUGUAUUUGUAUUUAUAUGUAUUUAUGUGCGUGUGUGUGAAAAAAUACUCAUGUUUUUAUUAUUUUUUUUAUAAUUGGUUUUUAUUUUUGUUACUUAUUUAUAGAAUUAUUAUAUUAUGAUUAUUAUUAUUAUUUUUUUUUUUAUAUAUAUUAUAUUUAUACUGACUCGCAGUGGCGGAUUCAAGGGGUUAGGUUCUACCCCCCUCCCCCAUGACAGUUAUAUUAUAUUAAUUGUAAAGCAUAACAUAAAAUCCUAAAUAUUGUGUUUGUGCUUACACAAUUAUAUGACAUGAUAUAUAUAAAAAUAUGAAAAAUUUUAAGCAACCCCCCAAAAAAAAUCCUAGAUCCGCCAUUGCAGUGAUUUACGUAUAAUGCAUUUAUUAUAUAUUAUUAUGAAUUGCGUUUGCACGUCAAACAAUCAAUAGUUUAAAAUAUCAUCAUACCAUUAUAUAUACCUAUAUUUUAUAUUAUCUAAAUUUAAAUAAGUUUUUGAGGAACGUGCAAAAAUCGAUAUUUAAUCUUUCGAACAAACUUUCAAACUGUAUUCGAUUGUAAAACCGUUCGUAUACUUUUGGAAAUCGUUGUAACUUUAUUGCUAGGUUGCAUAAACAACAGUGAUAAUUACUAAGUAUUCAAUGAAUCAAUAUAUAAUGAUUAAUGAGCUAAUGGCCUCUUAAACAUGAUUUAGUGACCGGAAAUUGGUCCAUUAAAUUUUAGAAAACCGUUAAGUUUAUCAAUUUUUUAUGCAACUUGGUAUAUACAUAUUAUAUACUUUUGAUAAUAUAGUAGAUAUGCUUUUUUAACAUAGAAGAUUUAGUGGCGCAUUUCCAGUGACUUUUAGCUAUUCUUUCUAAAAUGAAACUAUUAUUUGUUCUUACGUUUUCAAUAACAGUUUAAAAUUAUUUAAUACGAAUAAAGGGUGCAUUUUUAAUUUAAAUUUGGUAAUAUAUAGUCGAAAAAUCGUAGGAAAAAAAAACAUACAUUGCAAUAAUAAUAACUAUGUCACACAAAGAAAAACACACCUCAUUGUAAAAUCAAUACAUUCAUUUAUUGGAGCCGCUUAGAAUCUAAAAUAAUAAGUUAGAUCAUGAUUUCAAUACAGGUAUAAUAAUUUUGCAUGUACCGUAUCUCCGCACGGUCGAAAAAACGAACGCGUAGCUCCGCAUUCUAAAAAUAUUUUAAACACCAAACGUCCGCGUGGCACACAACUAAUAUAAUUAAUAAUGUUAAAACAUAUAUAUUUAUUUUCUAAUUAUAGUAGUUGCUUAAAAUAUUAUUCUUUAAAAUUAUUAAAUUAUUACAUAUCUACCUAUUCAUUUAAUUAAGUUUUAUUUAAAUAUGGCAAAUAAGAUAAUUGUUGUAAACAGUCAACGAAAAAAUGUGCUGAUAGUAAAAAGAAAUUAUAAAUAUUUCAAGUAUACAGACUUAAAAUCCGGAUAAAUCGGACUGAAAUGCAAACAAAAAACAUGUUAAUCAAAAUUAUACACAAUUGCCGUUGAUAAUAUUUUUUCGCAGGAAUCGGGUACACAUUCACAUGGGUGCGAUACUUCGGAAAGGGGAAGUGAUUGGUUAGUAAGUGAAUGGGCGCACAUUUUGAUACUUCAGACAGUGGACUGAUGGAUAUGUCAGAUGGAAGUCCUGUAAAAAACAGUGUACGUCUAUACCAGGGGCACCAAACGGUCGGUCUCGCGGACAAUUUCAAACUCGAUCAUGUUAGAAUUUGUUAUUAGUAAUUAUAGUUUAUAAUACUUGUUGUAUAUAAUUAUAGUUAUUCAAUAAUAAAAAAUUGUCUAUGGAAGUCGAUCCUCAAAGGUGAAAUAUAUUUUUAGUAGAUCGUGACCAAAAAAAGUAUGGCACCCCUGGUCUAUACAGUAAACAUAACUACUCUGUAUAGAUUCAAAUCAAAAAAUUGAUAGUAAAGUUUUACGGGAAAGUUGCAAACGAAAAGCUACAAGUACUAUAUCUAUAGUAGCUAAUAAAAUUAACUAAACUUCUAUAAUUAAUUAAACUCCCCUCCCUACCCUACAUCAUUAUAAGAUGCCAUUAAACAAUUAAAAUAAUUGUAAAAUGAAGAUUCAUUAAUGUUAAACGUUUUAAAUGGUGUAUUUGACAUUUGUAUCUGUAUUUAAAUAUUAAAAUAACCAUGAUUUUAAAUCUGUUAUAGAAAAUUUCGCAAUGUCGCACCCAAUUUCACGCGCAAUCGUACGCCGUUGAAUAGUCAAAUUCGUGUUCUUUGUUAUUCCGGCACUACGUGCAAUCGUACUCUACCGAGCAUAGACAUUCGCAUGAACAUAUCGACACAUUCGAUAACAAUAUUAUUGUUCGACAUAAAUAACGAUUAGAACGAUUAGUAAUAGAAAAAAACGAAUGGGACUUGAUUAUAUUACUGAUCGUCUCUCAAAGUUAAUAAAACUUAAAAUAGCAACUAAUGCAGUGGAGGAUUAACCACUAUAGUGCAUAUAGGCAUAUAGGCUCAUGAGGCUCAAGCCUACUGCGGCAACUUGUAGGGGGGUAACAAAUUUGAUAUGUUAUUUUAUUUUUAUUCCCAAAAAAUGAACUAAAAAAAAAAUUGAACCAUUACUAUUUUUCACUCCCGGGGCGGCUAUCACUCAUCACUCUUCGACGUUAGCCCAUUUAAACUACAAUCCUUGGAUAGUAUUAAAAAAAAAAAAAGAGGCUGUAAACACUGAGCGUGUCUCAGGGCGCCGUGAAAAUUAAUCCGCCACUGAACUAAUGUAGUGACAUGAAUUUCAUUAGAUAUAAAUAUUAAAUCAGGUUGUUUAGGCCGUGUCCGGUAUUUCCUAUAUCUAAUAUAUGUAUAUAUAUAUAUUAUAUUGUGUGCGGAGUUACGGUGUUCAAAAACAUAUGUGUAAAGUUAAGGUAUUAAAAAAAAACUUUGCAUGCGGAGUUUAAGUGAUAUAUUAUUAUAAAAUGUCCACGAUAAGUGCGCAGUUACGGUGCACCGGAAUUUAUAACAUAAUGUUUAGUUAUUAUUAUUUCAAAAAUAUGAAAGUUGCACAAUUACUAUAUUAUAUGUGUCCCAAGAAGUAAUUAUUAUUAAAAAAAAUUCAUUAACUUCUUUUUAAUUGAGUUAAGUUUAUAUUUUUCUUCGCAUAUUCAUUUUUAACCUUUAAACUCAAGUUAAUUGUUGUCAAUGACUUACCCAUCUUUGGAAAAAAUAAUAUCGGCUUCUAGGGGUACGGACCAACCGUUAAUAAACCACUGGACUGCAGUGGAGUAUUUACGGGGGGGGGAGAUUAUGGAAAUAUAUCUCCCUCCUUGACCCAUCUUUUUUAGCUAUUUUUAUAUGGUUAUAGUUGUGUUUUUUAUUUCUAUUUAUCACUCUAUCAGUAGUUAAUACAAUUUUGAGCCGUUUGGCAUCGACAAUUUUAAGUAUAUCUCCUCCUUUAAAGAAAUCCUAAAUACGCCACUGUUGAAUUGUAAUCUCAACUGUAAAACAUAUAAUUAAUAUAAUGCAUUAUAAUUUAUAACGAUAUAUUGUACGGUUAUAAAAUUUGUCAACCGAUUUACAAAUUUAAAUAUUAUAAAUAAUUGUAUUCUGAUCAUAUUUUAUAGUAUAUUAUAUGUACCCAUCAUAAUAUAUACAGAUAUUUAAUAA